AUGUCUCGGGAUAUUGUCUCCAACGACAAUAAACGUAAGAGAAAGGCACAGCACUGUGAUGUAGAAGGUAUGGGAGAGGUUAUAUGUGAUUAUGAACAGCAUGGUGCUACAAUAGUGUCAAAUAGAGUAACUAUUCCAGAGGCGAACAAACAUUUGAACUUGGUUGGUAAGGCCUUGUGCAGAAAACAUUAUAAUAAACUAAUUGUGAAUGCAAAGAAAUCCACAGAGAGCAGUGUAUGCUCUCAUCCUAAGCAUGAGAUAUAUGCAUCUACAGCACGUCCAGGGAAAAAGGAAACAAAAGUCAGGAAGGUGCCAGAACGCUUAGUAAAAUACUUCGAAUUGCCGCAUACGGCAUUAAUGUGUCGCCACUGCUUGUACAAAUCUGACAAUGACCCUGAAUAUGUGGAUUCACCCAAUUAUCUACCUCCAAUUGAGAAGCUAUCGAAUGAAAAUAUAAGAAAGUUUCAAG